CGACGUUCGCCCGUUCGUUUUGACGCUUGGAUUUGCGCAAUUCAUUUCAGCUGCUUAGCUUUACUGUGAGCAUUACUUAAGCACCGUCAAACUGUUUUCGCGUCUGUUCAGCUUCACUUCGUCGCGAACAAUGCCGCCAUCCGUGGCCGUUUUGUCAGACGACGAAUCCACUGGAGAAUCUAUCCCUUACGAGGAAGCCGAGGAUAAAAGGAAUGGGGUCGACGAUGCUAAUCAUGCAGAUGAGGAUGAGGAUGAGGAUGAGGAUGAGGACGUCUACGUCGUCGAGAAGAUAUUAGGACACAGAUUCAAGGGUGAUGGCACAUUGUUGUUCCAAGUGAAGUGGCAAGGCUACGAUGAUCCUAGAGACGAGACUCUCGAACCAGAGGAGAACCUCGAAGGUGCACAAGAACUUCUGGAGGAGUACUUCAAGCUUAUAGGAGGACGACCCGAGAAGCCUUCCAAAAAGCGCAAGUCUGUGGGACGGCCACCAAAAGCAGCGUCGGCAAAUAAGCCAGAACCGAAGCGACGCAGAAGGUCACGAGCAGCAGAUACUGAAGAAACAAACACUAGUGAGGAAAAGGCGAAGAUAAAGGAAAGCGUAGCGCCCGAUUGGGUGCCGAAGUCCAAAAAUUGGGAGAACGAAGUCAAGACAGUCGAUACUAUUGUGCGCGAGGAUGGCGGACUGGUUGCGUAUCUUCACUGGAAUAACGGCAAGAAGUCAAAGGUGUCCAUCGAAACAUGUUAUGACAAAUGCCCACGCAAAAUGCUCAAAUUUUACGAACAACACUUAGUUUUUAAAGACUCGGAUGCGUAAAUAUACAUUUUCCUGAUCUGUCUUUAUGCCAACUUCAUGAGGUGCUGGGUCUGAGCCUCAAUUCCAUCUAUUAUCUGUCUGUCCAGUUACAGUCUACACAAUAUGCACCGUCGGCGUGUGUCUGGAGUUCAUCAAUCUCGCUUUUAUUAUUAUUGGGAAUGUAUAAUAGGGUCUUCGGUUAAGGUGUGUGGGCAUAUCUUACUGGCGUUGAAAUUGCCUCGGACGCACAUCUUCAGGAUUAAGGGAUAACUAACCACGUCUAUCAUAUGGGUGUCAUCAAUAUGUCUCAAUUGUGUGCUUGUUAUGUUCU